UAGAAGGGGUUAUAGAAGUAACUGAACCUUGGAGAAGGGGCAAGCUCAGGAACCUUUUCUUAACUACUAGCAUGGAUCUUAAUGAUCUUAACAAGGUCUGGGAAAUUAAACCGCUCAAGAGAAUUGGAGAAGAUGAAGCGAGAAAGAUUCUUGAAAAAGUAGCUAAGCAGGUGCAACCAAUAAUGCGAAAAAGAAAAUGGAAAGUCAAGGUUCUCUCUGAAUUCUGCCCUGCCAAUCCAUCACUUUUAGGGCUGAAUAUAGGACCGGGCGCUGAAGUUAAGCUAAGACUAAGGAAGCCUAACCGUGAGUGGGAUUUCUUCCCUUAUGAGCAGAUUCUUGAUACUAUGUUGCACGAACUUUGCCAUAAUGAGAAUGGCCCCCACAAUGCUCAGUUUUAUAAUCUUUUGGAUGAAAUCAGGAAGGAAUGCGAAGAACUGAUGGUAAAAGGGAUUAGCGGCACUGGGAAAGGAUUUGACCUUUCUGGGAGACGUCUGGGGGGCUUCUCCCAUCAACCUCCUUUGCUAGCACUUCGUCAGACUGCAUUGACUGCUGCUGAAAACAGAGCUCAUCAUGGAGCUUUGCUGCCUUCUGGACCUCGGUGUUUAGGUGGUGAUAACUAUAUUAAGUCUGCUCUGAGUCCAAUACAGGCUGCUGCCAUGGCUGCUGAAAGGAGACUGCAUGAUGACAUGUGGUGUGGGUCAGAGUCUGCAGGGGGUGACAUUUAUAUACAGAAGAAUGCAAGUUCUAGUGGACCUUCUGAGAGGAAAAGAAUGCCCUUGAGUUCUAAUGUUAGAUCUAUUCAAACUUCAGCUACUCAAUCUGCGGUGGCCAAGGAAACAGUUGGUGGAGCAAAAUGGCAGUGCGAUAUUUGCACUUUAUUAAAUGAGCCAUUGGCAUUGGUAUGCGAAGCCUGUGGAACAGAGAAGCAGAAAGAUGUUUCCAAGUUCAAAGUUUGGUCUUGCAAAUUUUGUACUCUAGAGAACAGUGUUGAGCAAGAUAGAUGCUUAGCUUGUGGAGAAUGGAGAUAUUCACAUGGCCCACCAGUCUCCGUUUGUGGGCCUUAUGUUGGCACCUAACUGGACGAAAGUCAAUGAAUCCAUGCACUCAAAACAACCACAUUUUCAAAAACCAGGAUACAGGGCUUUAUUUGUUAAAAAUACGUGGUUUACCAUUUUGACAUUUUCAAAAACCUCAACACAAAAUAUAAGGUUGUUUGCAUUUUGACAUAUAACUGCUUAUAUAUUAAUUAUAUCAGAGUGUUUCAUGUUUAGUAGUCUACAUUAUCUUGAUAAGUAAAAGUGAUGGGAACUACUCAUCUAUUCAAUAAUCAAUGAUAAUGCCAACUC